AUGCCCGCAAAGAAUCAGGCAGCUGUAAACCGGAGAUCACCUCGCGGAGGUAAACGGAGAACACAGGAACAGACUAAUGGUUACGGAAGCAGCGCUGAUGAGACACGUAAAUACGUUGCUUAUCUAAGAGAAAGACCAUAUGAUUCAGAUCCCUUUGAGGACUUUGACUUCUCGAGAGAGGAGGCGUAUUUUAGAGAACUAAUCGGAGAGGAAGAUUCGCUGUCUAGUCAAACUCCUACGAUCGCAGAAUUACCGCACGAGAACACUUUUUUGUCGAAUGGUGAUAACGAAUCCGUAUUACUAUCACGAGAUGUCACUCCCGAGCCGACGCAGCAGCAGCUAUCGAGUGAGAAAAACAAACAGCAGCGUGUGGGGAAGUUGCUAUUUGCGGCCAGUGGAUGGUUGACGAUUCCCCUGGCUUAUAUACUCUCUGCAAUUGGUUUCUGUCUGUUUGCAUCGAGAUGGUUAGCCGGAAGAACGUAUGAAUUCAUACUAAACAAUAUAACAGGUAAUGGACGUUUCUAUGAAAUGUUUAGCUCGACUCCAACCACAUCAACCACUACCAUCACAACAACCACGCCAACGUCAAUAAAAGCCUUGCCUUCAAUAGCCGUAGCAGAACAAUCAACAUCAGCAGCCUUAACACCGACAUCACCGUCGUCAGCAUUAGUAGUAACAUCAGGAAAAAUUGUACAGCAAAAUGGCACCCGAAACAGUUACAGAUUUGGUCUCUCAUUGUUAGCAAUAUUGGGAAUACUGCUUGCCAUAUCCUAUUUACCGUUCAAAAAUAAAGAAAUGAGUAUAGGAGAUUUUAUGCGUUCUAUUCCAUUUAAACCACACUUCUGGUCGGACAAUUCAGAACGCAAGUUUGUUAUCCCAGUUACUCUAAAUGGUAGUGAUGGUGAGGGAGGUGCGCUUGAUGGUGCUGUCGAUCCCAGUCAACGGGAAGACCUCGUUCUUACGUACGACGAUCUGCGACUAUUUAUUGCCGAUGAGGUAAGAGCAUCUUGUAUGAACGGCGAUAAUUCAGCCAAGACGAUCGGUCAAUCGGUUGAUCCUCGUACCGCUGAGUUACGUGGGAUUAUAUCAGAUGAAGUAAAGUCAUUUUGUACAAGCGAAGUCAAAGACAGAGUGAAGAAUGAGGUCAAAGCAGAAGUCAAGGAAGUCGUCGAAAAGGAAAUAACGCAUGCCAAGAAACUUCGAGCUACUUACAAGGGAACAGAUUUAGUCGACAUAAUAAGACAAGAAUCACAAAAAGUCAUUGAGGAGGCGCUGCUGGUAUUCUCACAGGAUAAAUUGAAUAGACCUGAUUUUGCGUUGCAUUCUGCCGGAGCUAAAGUAAUUAGCAGAAUCACAAGCAAGACAUAUGAAGUAUGGCCCGAGAAGUGGUUUGCAAAGUUAUUUGCCUAUAUGUCAGGGCAGGGCAUACUCAGAGGUAAACCGCCAGUAACUGCACUAUCACCAGACACAAACGUUGGUCAAUGCUGGCCGUUCCCAGGGCGAGAGGGUCAGUUGGCAGUCCUGCUAAGCAGAAAAGUGUAUGUUACUGCUGUUACGUAUGACCACGUGAGUAAACAUAUUGGAGUUGAUGUAACGAGUGCGCCCAGAGACUUUGAAGUAUGGGGAAUAGUUAAUGAUGGAAAGUACGGAAGAGAUGAGCGAGUACCGGAUGAAGAUGAUGAAGAGGACAUAUUUAUGGAGUCGAAGGACGAAGAAUGCGGAGUGCGUGAAGAUGGGGAGUAUGUUCCUUAUAAAAAUUCAAUUAAUAACAACGUACCUGAACCUACCAAAUGGAGUGAUCUUGAUCCGACCAUAGAGAAUCUUGCGUCUAGUGAGUUACGCCUGGGUACAUCUACAUUGCAUCUGUUUUUGGGUCGAUACACAUAUGAUAUUCAUGGAAAUCCCGUACAGACAUUCGAAGUACCCGAGAGCAUUAAGCAACGCAAUAAGCCAGUCACUGCUGUUGUUAUGAAAGUGCUUAAUAAUUGGAGCAAGGAUACAUUCACUUGUUUGUACAGAUUUCGCGUUCAUGGCGAUCCAGUGGAUAGGAUUAAUGAAUAA